CUCCAAUCCCAAAUUUACAUCUAUCAAUUACAUCAAAACCCAAACAAGCAAAGCCGACAAUAAUCUCUUUUGUACCACAACCAUUUGUUUUUUCCCUAAUAGAAAAAUCACCAAUAUUUUAUUAUUACUUCCACCAAAUUCCUAAUGACUUAAUACAAUGUAUAUAUAAAGCAAAGAUUCGUCAAAAAGUGAAAGUGUUAACAGAAGUGAGAAACGAAGCACACAAGAUCUUUAAUAUGGAAGACGAAAACACCACAAUCAUCAUGGCGUCACUCUCUGCUCUUUCUCCUUCACACCUCACGAAUCUGACUCACUCCAUUCUCUCUAUCUCCCACCACCAUCGCCGCCGCCUCGGUGCAGUCCUCUCCUCUCCGACCCUUUUCUCCCUCACUCUCCGCCACCUCCUCUCUCUAUCUCUUCCUGACAAAACUCACCUCAUCGCCAACCAUCUUCUCUCCCUCCUCCAUCCUCUUCUCAUCCACCGUAAACACCACUCCUCCUACGCCGUCACCAUGAAGCUCCGGGACCUAGACGCGGUGGUCCUCCUCCUCUUUCUCUGCGAAACCCACCAGCUUCAUCCAGAUGUUCUAGAAGCUUCCGCUGAUAAUUGGCGGGAAAUUCUCGGUAAUACGUACUCUAAUAAUAUGUUAAGUAAUAAUUCCGGUCUUUGGACUUGCGAUGCCGGAAUCUUGAUGCCGUACAUAGAAACCCUAGUUAGAUGCAAAAGAUUUGUUGACAUAAUGGGAGGCUAUAACCAUCUUCGUCGAAGAGAUCAAAAAGAAGGCUACCAAGUUCCAGCCGCUAGAGCGGCUGUGGUGGCGUUACGGGCGGUUGAGGUUUUCAACGUCGCCGCUUCAAACGCCGGAGAAGUAGAAUGCGUGAUAUGCAAGGAAGAGAUGAGCGAAGGAAGAGAUGUGUGUGAAAUGCCAUGUCAGCAUUUCUUUCACUGGAAGUGUAUCUUGCCGUGGCUAAGCAAGAAGAACACGUGUCCGUUCUGCAGGUUUCAGCUUCCCACCGACGAUGUCUUCUCAGAGAUCCAACGGUUAUGGGAGAUCCUCGUCAAGAGUAGCGAGUUACACGUGGCGUAAUCUCAGUUUGCGGUGAUGGGUACAUGUGUAAGAGGAACUAAAGAAGCCUGUACAUCGUAAUCUAAUAUACUAUGUAGAAUAAUAUAUCAAGUAAUUGUCAUAGAUAGGAAUGUUUGGACCGUUUUGAUAUAUCGAAAUAGUUUAUAUUUUGAGAAAGACACAUUUGUGUUAAUAGUACGAUGAAUUUCGUAAAUAUGUUGUAAUAGAAACCAAAUUAAUAGUGACCAA